GCGUCGUUUGGCAUUUUCCAGUUUAGCAAAAAGCUGUUUGAAUUCGUAAAUUUUUUGUUUAUGUAAGAAAAUGUAACAAGGAAGGGUUCAAAAAUUUGUUUAGGGUGAUAAAUGUUGGUGUCUUAAUAGUGUUGCCUUUUAAUUUUAUUCUGUUACGGAGAAUACCCGGAAAUUUGCGCCAAGAUCCUGUCUCCUGUACAAUAUAUGGAUGUGAAUAACUGCAGAAAUGGUUAGAGUAACAGCGGCUAUGCCCACGACUCCCAUCAUGCAGACGAGACGUCAGAAGAUGACGUGUCCGGACAUCAGGAGUCCCCCCACGCCUCAUAGGAUCGAACUGAGGAACGACAGCCUAGAAGAGGGUAACUGUAAGAAGCCCCUCGUCCAGAGCUACCAGCCAGCGCCUAAGGCGAGGAGAAGGUUGAACAACAACCAGCUGAUAAGCCAGCCGGAGGGUAAAAAUGCCGACCGAGGCAGCCACAAGCUGACCGAGUACUUCCCCGUCAGGCGAUCGGCGAGGAAGACGAAGAAGACCGUGUUGGAGGAGAGGCAGAGGGACUUGGAGCAGGCACUUAGAAAUAAGGUGGAGGAGGGGCUGGAAGUUAGAUAUUUCGAUGGUAAAGGCAGGGGUGUGGUUGCGGCGAAAGAUUUCAGUAGGGGCGAUUUCGUCGUGGAGUAUAGCGGAGACCUCAUAGACACGAUCGAGGCCAAGGUACGAGAGGAAAGGUAUGCCCAAGACCAGAAUGCAGGCUGUUACAUGUAUUAUUUUAAGUACAACGGACAACAGUAUUGCAUCGACGCAACGGCCGAAUCCGUCAGGCUGGGCAGGUUGGUCAACCAUUCCCGGAACGGCAACCUCCUGACGAGGACCAUAUCCGUGGACGGCAAACCCAGACUAGUACUUAUAGCCAAAGAUGACAUAAAGAUGGGAGAAGAAAUACUCUACGAUUACGGGGACAGGUCCAAGGAAUCUCUGAAACACCACCCCUGGUUGGCGUACUAGGGGGCGUAAAUUAAAUAUGGCGGUGUGGGCGACGAGUAUUUUUUGUACUAGUAUUUUUAUUUGAGGUUAUGUUAGUGUUUGGUGCGGCUGCUAUGCAUUUAAAGAGAGAAAAGCUCGGAGUGUACCUGAUUUGAUGAAAUUUUGAAAAAACAUAUUGAUCGUAACUUCUAAAAUUUAUCAUGCGGGGUUUUAAGUGUGGCGAGGUGCGGGUCUUUGUGUGGUUUUCAGUCGGAAGGUUUAUAUAAACAUGGGUCUACAAAAAAAAAUCAUUUCUAAAAUGUUCCCGAGGAUGUUUGAUGCAGAAUUACGAAACGUAGGCUAAUGAUUUAUCUAAUUAACGGUAAAAAUUCAACGAAUUUGGAUAUAAAUAUUUGUACAAGUGGCAAAGGUACCGCGGGUAACUUUCAGUAAAAAAAAAAUAAUAAUUUUUUUUGCGAAGCGAGUAGUUCUGGAGUUGCUAAUGUUAAUAAAAAUUGUAAAUGGUUCGUUUUUCAAAUAAACGAGAAAUAUCCAGUGGCGUCGAAUUUCUUGCGUUUUUUAGCGAAAAUAACUUCGGUGUCUCCGCCACUGGUAUCUAUGUGCAAAUAGAGUGGAUUAUCACCUUUAAUUUGAUAGAUGAUUAGCCUAAGUUUCGUCAAUCUAUAACAAACAUGUUCAGAGAUAUUUUAGAGGCGACAUUUUUUUUUAAUUUAAACCCCCCGUAUGUCGAAACUUAUCAAUUUGAGGACCUAAGUUUACAUAACCUUUUCGGUUUAACAUCACUCAAAGUGCUACCUCUUAAAAUUCGCCUACAUACAUAAAUUAACACUCUGCGUUCCAAAUACGUGUAGUGCAAAUUUUUAACGAAGCCAUUUACUUAUUGUUCUAGUAAAUCUGUUACAAUGUAAUUGAAUUUUGUUCCCAAGUUACGUCGACGCAAAGAAUCGCGUUUCAGUUAACUCGUUUCGUAAGGUUCAACGUCGUAAUACUUUGGGUGUCGAUGUGUCUUGUCGAGUUAUUGUAGUACAAAUUUUGAAACAUUUUUAGUAUAUUCGAUUGUAAUUUCCACGUUUAAGACUGACGGAGGUGUGCCUUGCUCGUUGAGAGGUUUUUAAAGUACAUCUUACAAGAGUUCGUAAGCAGCGACGGUACUGCCGCAAUGAUUUUGUUACCUGACGAUCCUCCGUGUUUAAUCGGAAGUGGAAUCGAUGCUCGGUUGCAAUUUUCAGACGUUUUAUUUCGUAAUCCUGUAGCUUCAGAUAAUUUUAAACUCGUAAUAAUCAAUCAGAAGCGGUUUUGUAGAUUUAAUUUUGCCCUCGCUGUCAAGGGAGCUGUCUGGUCUAGGUUUCUGUAUUUAUUACUUAGUUUUAAAGUAGCACAUUUGUAUUAUACAUCGUAUCAAUAAAGAAUUACACUGCC